AUGCCUCGUUGGCUCCCAUCGCGUUCAGUAGAAGCCCGGAUUGAUCUUGAUGCUACAUCGAGCGUCUCGUGGCAACAGUCAGAGACACAGAUCUUCACAGGCAGUCAGCCUAUAGUCGGCCGAGCAUGCUUCCAUUCCAAGAAACCUCAAAAUGGACUUCGUUACAGAGUGAUUGUCAAAGGCGUAAUCGAAACGAGAAUCGCCAAUGAUGUCAAUGGUUCCAUACAGUCGAAUACAGAUACCCAAGAAUAUGCAUUCGUAUCGUCUGUUCUAUUCGACGGCCCAAUGGAAAAUGGAAAAUCGAAAACCGAGAUCCCUUUCGACUUCACCUUAGCCAGAUGGGAGCCUGACACAGGGGCAAGAAAUGAGUAUUCACGUGGAUCCUCUACUCAAGGCAUGCCGCCUUCUAUCAACUCCAAACAGGCAAAGAAGCGUUGGUCGGAAAACUUUUCUACCGACCCUGCAGUCCAUUACAAGAUCACUUACAAAAUCGUCGCAUCUGCGUUUCGAAAAGGAGACCGUAUCGCUGCAGCAUCGAGGCCUUUCGACUAUGUUCCAGCUCUACAUUCGCCGCCUCCGCCAAUCCCGACUGAAGACUAUCCAGAGGAAUACGUGCUUCGAACGACGAAAAUGGUUCGAAAAGCAUUAGGCACCGCCCAAAUUGGCGUUAUUGGUCAAGAACCUGCGCCGUUGACCAUAUAUCCAGGGCAGCAUCAAGCUCAUACAAAGAUCGACCUACUCUUCAUGCUCGUACGAAAUCAGUCCACCGAUGUGGAAGACAGUAUAUGGCAGCUUCCAAGAUCUUACUGCAUCAAAGCACAACUGAAGACCACAACAUUCGUCAUGCAAAGACCUGCACCCCGAGCCUUGCACGUCUUGGAAAGUAACCAUUUCAAUCGGCCCAUUGUUCGGGAAAGGAAAGACGAAGUGCAGGUGUAUGAAAAUGUCUUUGCUGAGUGGGAAGUACACGAUUCGUCGGAUAGUGAUGACGAUUCUCGCCAAUCUUUCAAAGAGAUCACCACCGCGAGCGCAUCAACGCCCUUCACCAUCAGCAUCGAUCCGAGUUUCACCCCGGACUUCUGGACACCUCUGCUGAGCAGAAGACACGCGAUCGAAUUGUCUGUCACAUUCGAUAAAGACCCCAGCACGACUACGAAGCUACGACUACCCGUUCAGAUAUAUCAUUCAUCAUGA